GAAGCGAAGUGUUGCUCCCUCGCGCAGUAGAGAGAGACGUUCGCGGCGUGCGUUGAGCGUUUGACUCGCGGGACUCAUUGGUUCGUUAUUGAUGCUAAACUUCCACGAUGGUUGAUCACAACGAGAAACUGUUGCAGGAGUUGCUAAAGAAACCCGGAAAUAAUGUGUGUGCCGAUUGUGGAAGCGAGGAUCCCGACUGGGCGUCAUACAAUCUGGGUAUAUUCAUCUGCAUGCGAUGUGCUAGCAUCCACCGCGGCAUGGGGGCCCAUAUCAGCAAGGUGAAGCAUCUAGAACUGGACCGAUGGGAGGACUCGCAAGUGCAACGCAUGAAGGAGGUUGGCAACAUCGCUGCAAAGAACAAGUAUGAGGAACGAGUGCCGCCCUGUUACAGACGACCCACGAAGAACGAUCCACAAGUUUUGAUCGAACAAUGGAUCCGGGCUAAGUACCAGCGUGAAGAGUUUUGCCACCCCGAACGUCAGAACUACCUGUCAGGGUCAAUGGAGGGUUUCCUCAUGAAGAGAGGCAAAGAAGACAGCCGAUACCAACUGAGAAAGUUUGUUCUCAACGAAAACGAGGACACUUUGAAGUAUCACCACGCUUCUGACGGCUGCGGCCGUGCUUCCGGUUGUCUCGGUCGGAUUUUCGAACGUCUCCGACUCAAAAACUUGGGUCGUUUGAGGUACCACGUUAAGGAAAAUAAGGAGCCUAAAGGUGUUCUAAAGCUGUCUGAGCUGAACGUAUCGUUCGCUCCCGCCAAAAUAGGUCACAUGAACUCCAUGCAACUGACCUUCUUGAAGGACGGCUCCACGAGACACAUCUAUGUGUAUCACGAUGAUCCCGAAGUCAUUAACGGCUGGUACACUUCAAUCCGUUGUGCGAAGCUCCACUUACUCCAAGUGGCGUUCCCGUCAACACCCCAGUCGGAUCUCAUACUGCGUUUGCCGAAGGACUUCGCGCGAGAAGGCUGGCUAUGGAAGACAGGGCCCCGACCGUCGGACGUACACCGACGGCGCUGGUUCACUCUGGACAACAGGAAGCUGAUGUAUCACGACGAACCGUUGGACGCUUAUCCCAAAGGAGAAAUAUUCAUUGGACACGAAUCAAGCGGAUAUCAUAUCAAAGUAUCAAACACAGGCAAUGGAUGUAAGGAAGCACGGUUUCCCUUCCACCUCAUCACGCCGGAGCGUACGUUCUGUCUCGCUGCCACCACACACGAGGACAGAGCUGGCUGGCUCGCGGUCAUACAGCAAACCUUGAAGAGACCACUCACACCACAAGAAUCCACAAUUGAAGCUACCCUCGUACGCAAACGCACCACGUCAAAUUCUAUCAGCAUAUUUUCAGGGAGGUAGUUUAAUUUAUUUUUUAAUUUUAAGCAUCACAAUGUAACUUACAGAUAACUUUAUAUUUUGAUUGCUUUAAAAAAUAAUAAUAAUUAAUUAUUCUAUACAAUAUUUUCGAUUGAAAAUUAAAUUAUGUUAAAUGGAAAAUUAUUUUACCCACAGACGUAUUUUUAGAAUAUUUUAUUUGUAAAUAAAUUGUUUCAUUUCAACAUUACAAUAUUUUUUUAUUAUUUAAUUUUGUUGAAUAUAAGUUUACAGUAAGAUUUGAAUGUUAAUAAGAUUUAAUUGUAAAUAAUUUAUAUCAUAUUUAAUUUUUAAAAUUAUAUAAUUUAUAUAAACAAUAGCGAAGGGACUGAAUCUGUAUUUUAUACAUAAAUUAUUAUUAUUGUGUUUUUAAGUACAUUUUCUGUGUAUUGUAUAAUAUGCAGGUGCAAAAAUUUGUUUUUAAAUUUUAAAACCAGACUGCAUGCUCAAUAUAUCAGACCUAGUUGAAUAAAAAAUCAUUAAUAUUUAAAAUACCUUUGUAGUAUUGUGCUUGCGUAGGAAAUUUAUUAUGCAGUAGGUAUAUUUAUUAAUUUUACAAGUGUGUGGAGGGUAGACCAAAGGAGAAAAAGUAAAAAUAUAUUUCCGUAAAUAUUGCUCUAUCUUUCGUUGCGAUGGUAUGAAAGAGAUAACGAAGUUAUAGCUUGGCCUGUAGUUAUGUGGCAUGUCGAUUCUCUUUCUACAAUAGAUAGCGCUACGAAAAUUCAAAAAUGUAUGGGAACGACAUUUGUUAUCAAACGGUCACGUGAUCAAGUUAUCGAUCGGAUCUGUCAUUCCCAUACAUUUUUUUUAGUUUAUAAUGCGUUAGCGUGUGCAGAAAAAGAAUACAGGCUACAGGCCCUGAUCUUUUAGCGCGCUUCAUAGGCCUAAAGGUUGGCACUUAUAAAUAUACCUAGCAGUUUUACUUAAGGGCGGUUUUAUUAUAUUGUACUGCCCAAUUACCAACGGAACACGAAUCAGUUGUCUAUAGACUUAUUUGUCUACGCUACAGUGCUGCCACCGUUCAUACAUUUCACCGCAUUUUCGUACAAAGAUGGUUCUUCUAACUCUACCCUCCAUAAUGCUAUGACUGUUGAAUGCUGAAUAUGUUUGUGUGACGUUUUAUUUAUAGCAAACAUAUGUUUGUGUUACAAAAUUGCUUUAAAUUCAUUAAUUAUCCUGAAACGUAUUUUAAAUUUAUUUAUUGCUCUCUCGAUUAUAUGGAAAAGACAUUGUACAGGGAUUUCGUAUAGUUAAAUUAUUCGUACGUAGUACAAUUUACUCGUACAGUGAAUUAAAUUAAUAUCUUAUUCUAACGCUUUAGUGUUCUAAGCAAUAUAAUUGAAAUAUAUAGGUGAUAUGCCUAUAAUUGUCAUAUAAUCUAUACUUAAUCAAAUAAAUUAUAAUGGAACGGUAGAUUUUGUACGAAGUAUGAAGUAAAUAAAUUAAUCGUGUAUCUGAAGCUAUAUUAUAAUUAUAAUAUGACCCGUAAUCAAUUAAUAUUCUAGUAUGUAAACUAUCAUAAACAAUAUAGUUCUACUUUCUCAUAAAUGAUAGUAUGAGCCUUAAUCAUUUACGCUAAAGAAUAUUACCACAACAACACAACGCAUUUCAACAGGGAUAAUACAAUUCUUGGGAAAUACUAAAAAAACAUCUGAAACCUAAUGAAUAAUAUCUUCAAUCUGAAAAUCAGUAAGUAGAUCAAUAAAAUAUUUAAAUAUAAUCAUUUAGGGAAAUAUCGUAAAUUGAUAAAAAAAUUAGAGAAUAACGCUUAACAUCUAAAAUAGGAUUUAAAUAUUGUUGUAGGAAAUCAUGGUUUAUUUAUGCCACUAUUAUCAGUAGUAAUAUUUUACAGGCACUAGUAUAACAUUUUUAGGCAAAUCAUUAUAAAGCUUAAUGCACACCGCAACCACGAUCCAACCACGGUCACAACUCACAGACGGCCUUAAGGGUGACGUCUCGAUUCUUCAUUUCCUUCCUUCGAGUUCUAGGCCGACAAGUGGUUUUAACUAGGUUAGGUACCUAGUACAGUUUCUAUAAAAUACAAAAUUUCUUCUUCAAUAUUAAAUCGUAAUGAGAGGACUCAUUACGAUCCUAUAUUGGAGAUAAAUUAACUGAUAAUAAAUUGUCGAUUUCAUGUAGGCUUUCAUAUUUAUUAAGGAGCCUUAAGAGCCAAAAAAUACCUGAAAAGCUCAUGUUAUUCGCCUGCAAACUUCUGCCCAUCUUCGUAAUUGUUUCUAAAAUCAAGAUUCUUAUUGAUAAGAAUUAUCGCGCAUUCAAGCCUAAUAUCGAGUUUUCAUCAAGCGACUUAGUCGGCAAUCGGUACAAACCAAUCUAGAGUACUGCGAAUUAUAAUAACUUGUACCUACAUCAUCACAUAUGAUGAAUAUGUAAUCACGUAAUAAAUCGCAAUCAUGGUAUAAUAUAAAUGUUAAGAAAAAGCAGUGACAGACGCGACUAGCUGACAUUUUAGGACCUUUUUCAAUAUAAUUAAGUAAAAUCUAACGGGAUCGAUGUGUAUAGCACUUAGCAAAAACUUGGCGAAAUUAUCAUGCAAAUUACUUUGUAAGCCAUAAGUGAAUAAUAAUAAUUUAAUAAUAAGUAGUGUGUAAGCCUCUAAGGUCAAACUGCACUUUAUGAAGAGCAAUGUGCUUGUAUAUUAUUAUUUAUUAAUAGGAAAAUUAUAUUUAAAACAGUCUUCGAUUUCGGUAAAUCUACAGGGAGCAAUAAUAAGAUACGGAUAAUUCGUAUUACAGGAAUUUUAAACUAUUUGAUACAACAAAGAACAUCCAAUGAAAUUUAACACAAAGGGAAUAAAAUUGACUUGAGUUAGGUGCGUUGGGGUAAUUACGAAAAUCCGAAUACUCAGGGGAAUACUAAAUCAUUCGAUUAUAAUUUUUGUGGCAACUUUUCAAGUCAGGUCAUUUUAUUGGUUUUCCUUUAUGGGACUGGGUAACUCUGUAUUCUUUACAUUUUAUUUCUUGCAAAAAUAAAUGAUUGAUUUUCAUUCACAUAACCAAGUAACAGUUUUCUUUUGCUUAAAUGUUUCAUAGUUACCUAUUGCAUUAAAACAUAGUAUAAACAUGUGCAUUACUUGGUUUUAAAAAUCUCAUAUCUGCAAUAUAAACCUCGGUUUGGCUUUAGUGCCACCGUUUUAUAAUCUACAUUUAGCAAACUCAGGAGUGUGGAUUUAAAACACCAAUGUGGAACUUCUUAGCAGAACAAUUUAAUCGCCAAAUCAAUUUAAGAUGUAAACAAAAUAAAACAGAAUUCACUGCUUGAGAGAGAGAGAUUCUUUGCCUAAUUCAGAGUAACCCGAAAAGGAUUACUCCACAAGAGAUGUUGACUGAAAGACCGCCACUGCAACACUGAAACGGCAAGCGAUCUCUAGCUCGAGUGCCCCCACUCUAAUAUCUUCACGGAAACAACUCGCGACACCUAGCGUCGGGACGAGGCAACACGCGAUAGUCGAGUGUCGUCAUAUCAGUCUCGGACUACCUUUUCUUACACUACUAUUUCGUAAUACCCCCAUUUGCUUAACUACCCCAAAGCUAAUAAAGUAUUUUAAUACUUUCUGUCUUAAAGUACUAAUAAAAAUAAUAAGUUGCUUGUUUCAGUAAAUUUAAUUAAAAAUUAGUUGCGAUUAAUUUCGAUGAUUAAAUCAAUUAAAUUAAUGCAAAUACUAAGUUAUGCUUGUUGCAAGCACAUUGUGGUACAGUGCUGUAAGCAUGUAUAGGCAAAUUUAGUAUAUUUAUUAAAAUAUAUUUCUUAAUAAGCUAAUUUUCUUGCGGGACCUAUUCCAAACGCUACAACAUGUGACGAUUGUUUAGGGGGUAACGUAUUUAUGUAUGAUGUCAUAUGAUAUACAAUUAGACAUAUUAACUAAAUAUUUGUGUAUGUAUGUAAAACUAUUGAUAUAUGUGGGUACCUACGUCAUAUCACUAUUUUAUUUUGAUUAUUACGGGCUUAUCCACUAUAUCGAAACUAUUUAUUAUUUAAUGGCUUUGAUGUCAAAAUAUCGUAUAUCGUAUAGGUUUUCCUUAUGGAUUUGUGGUAAUUCCAAAAAAAAUCAUAUAUAAUAUAAAUUAAAACAACAAAAGAUAAGUAACGUUUUCCUGUUAAUGACUGUUUCCGAUAAAUACGAGAAUUUAUUGUAACAUAUAGACAAAUGAAUUUUUUUUUAAUUUAAUUGAUGAAACUUUUAUAAAAGUUCAAUUGUAAAGACCUCUUUUUCAAAUAUGUAUGACCGUUUAUUUAUUUUUACAAAGUAUUUAUUAUGAGACGAUUAAUUAAAGAUUUUAUUUAGAAUAUCGAAACCAUGGUACUCGUCUAGAACUUUCUUGAAAAUGUAAGCCUUACAUUUCAAUAAGCCACGCAAUAAAUAUCAAUUACUGUGACACUCUAUGAAGGCCGUUUUGAUGUUUUUGCCGCGAAUUAAGUUAUGAAACAGUUGACGGUUAUGUUCUAGGAAAUUAUAAAUUCCGAACUUUGUUGUCAGCAUGGACGUGUCAAUAAAAAUAAUGAUUUAUAUAAUCAGUACCCAUUUUUAAAGAUAAAACUGCUUAUUAUUCUGUACACUAUUCUAUAGUGAAGUCGAAUCUGUUUGAGGUCAAUAGACGUAAAAGCAGGCAAAAGUCGUAUAUUCGAUAUAUACGACUUUUUGCGAUCUUUAUAAAUUGAGAGCCAAUAUUUUGAAUAGGGUUACUCGUAGUUAGUUGAUAACUUUUUUUUUAGCUAAAUUGUUUUAAUGAUUACGCCACUUCUACCACUAUGUAACAUUAUCAGUCGUCAUGAUGACCUUCAUAGAGCGUCGCAAAUACAUAUUAUUUAAUUGUAAUAGCUCUGUUUACUGUUUAUUUAUGUUUUGGGUAUUAAUAAGUAAUUUAUUUAUUAAGGAUAUACACACUUGAAAAACAAAGCGAAACCGUCAAGAUAUAAGUGUAAUUAAAUACCUGCAUCUAAUAUUCUUUUUAAAAUGUUAUUUAUACAUUAAUUUAUACUUACUACUUACAAAAAGUUUGAUUAAAUUAAUGAUAUAUUGUUUUAAAUUUUGAAUUAAAAACGCGACUGCGUAAGAAUUAAAUAAAUUAAUAAAUAUUUAAAAAAUACUUCUCAACAAAAGAAAACCGAAACAGCUCGCAAGUAAUAUUCAGGUGGGCUGUUUUGAUUUUUUUGAUGAGAAGUAUAAUACUGUAUGAAUGUUAAACACUUUUUAUACCUAUUAGUAGAAUUGACUACAAAUCGUCUCAAUGACUACUUGUAAACUGUUGUAACUUGUAAUGUACACGAAAUCCAUCACAAACCGAGAAAAAAAUAUUAAUAAUUAUUAUUAGUUUAUAUCCGCCAACCCAAAAUGGAGUAGGGUGGUGGAAUCUUCACUCUACAUCACUUUGCUUUAAGUUUGCCCAGAGGUGGGAUAUCAAUUAGGCUGAUGAUAGUAAUCAAUGUAAUGGAUAGUUAUUACUUAUUUAUUAUAGUAUAAAUCUUAGUAUAAAUUAAUUAAUAUAAUUAAAUUAUAUUACUGCCACUAUAAUAACACAUAUUGACUUUAGUAGAGUAAUAUAAUAAAUCAACCAUACAAUAAUAUCUAAAUUGUCAUGAGUAAUUGUCAUGAAUUUAAAAAAAAACGCGGUGGCGUAGCGAUUUGGGGGGCAAAAGGGGCAUUUGCCCCAGGCGGCAUACGAAACGGGGCGGCGGCAAACGAUUUUGUCAAUUGACCCCCUCUCGUUCUGAGAGGAGACUCGUGAUCAACAGUGAGCCGAAUAUGGGUUGUUAAUGAUGAUAAGGUUAAUUGGAAAGAGGGCAGCCCCUGCCCCCAGACAGAGAAUUUACAGUUUGUCCCUGGCGACGAAAACUCACGCUACGCCACUGGCGAAACUUCUGGUAGACUCCGCGCCGCAAAACAAGUCCCGUGCACGCAGCGCUAAUGUCUUAAUGGCGCUCAUUGUCAUUUGGUAAUGGCAGUCUUCUUGACAUUUGUGUAAGGCGCUGUCAAUUUUAGUUCAGGUUUAAGCCGCGGGACUUCUUUUGUUGCGCGGAGUCUAUUUUGUAUCUUAUGCAUUUGGCACAUUAACAGCCACUUUCUUCAUGUGCUCUUCUCAAAGCUAAAGUAACAGUAAAAGUAGUAAGUAGUAAAGAAGACUUUAUUUUUCAGUGAAUAAGACCGUCACUUUUGAUUUAUGACGUUACUUUGACUGUUACUUGCGAUGAAGAAACUGGCCGUAAGAAGAAGAUCACGAAAACCCGCAUCGGUAGAAUAGUCGGUUAUAUUCCGAUAAAAUCAUGUAAGUUAAGCCAUCUUGAAAUGUAUGCAGUUUUUUACUUCAUAAUAAUAGAUUCACUCGAAUCGAGUCUAAAAUCACUCUGAAUCAGGGUUUCUCAAACUGGGGUACGCGAACCCCUAGGGGUUCGCCAUUUGACGGCAUUUCGCGACAAGAUUUAUGUAAUCGUGGCUUGAUAUUUGGUACCGAGUCAGAAUCAUGGUUAAAAUUAUCCAAAAUUACUCCUAACAUUUGCGACAAAAAUCAAAGACACUUUCACAAGACCUUUUUUUCUUCAACAAUCAACUUUAUUUUUUACUUUUUGGGGUUUCAUUAGUUAGUAAGGGGUUCGCUGUCACUUGGAAAUUUUAACAGGGGUUCGUAAAGCCGAAAGUUCGAGAAACCCUCAACCCGAGCUCUAAAUUAAAGAGAAUGAAAGUAGGGAUUUUUUUUUCUACUAACUGUUGUGUACAAACCAAUCAAGGCCAAUUUAAAUAAACCAUAGUUCUUCCAAAUUGCCAAUACCAUCUGCACUCGCACGUCAGGUGCAUUCGCUGUCAAAAGCUAACUUUCCGAAUGAUUAAAAAAGAAACAUAACGGUCAUGUAAUUGAGUGGACGAAUUACCAAAAAAAGUGUGUGUCAGAUCCGACGCACGAAUGGAGUUAACUCAUUCAGAUCGACUGUCUAAAUAGGUGUAUGUUGCUUUGCAGUAUACACUAUGUACGUCUCAAUAUCUACGCCUGAAAAGCGACGGCAGCGCACGGUGAAAGGUGCGCAGAAUAUGUCAUUCGCUUAUCGUUAUUUUACUGCCCAUAUUUUUUUCAUACCGGGGGCUAUAUGUAUUUGACAAAUCGAUUCUUAAGGAGUAAACUCCAAAAAUUACAUUACUUAUAAAUCACAAGUUUUUUUGACAUCUCUACUGCGCUUGUAUUAUUAAGGCCUAUAGAGAUUAGUUAUAGUUUUAGUUAUGAGUAAAGUAGUGAUUUAGUAUAAUUAUUUAAACAAAUUACCAAAACGUUGCCUCGCUUAAGUUAAAUUUCUAUUAUUAUUUUUGUUGUAAAUAUCAUUUUAGUGUGCCCAGGCAUAAUACAUACUGUAAUUGACUAUUUAACUAGGAUUAAUAAAACUUUUCACCGGCUAAAA